GAGACCUGCUCCCUCUCCCUUGGGAGGGAGGACCCUCCCCACUCCCGGGACAGCCAGAAGAGAUCGCCGCAGGGCACGCGGCUGUCCCUCCCACGGUGGCUCUAGAGGAGACCCCCAGAAGUCGGGAAGGGUAGUGAGACCUGAAGGACCCGGAGUGAGACCUCCCUCACGCCUCAACGCACUCCAGACAGUUUGGGACUUUUGAGGCAGAGGGGAAAGGAAGCCAGUCAUGCCUGUGGAGUAGGCACCCUGCAUCCCACCCGGGACUCACCGCGGAGAGGCGUCCUGACACGCACAAGCCAGGACCCUCCAGGGAACCGCCAGGGAUUGGUUCCAGUUUGCUGGAGAGUAGACGACCUCGCCCCUCAACUUCCGUGCACCUAGACAGUGGACCGGGGCAGAGCCCCUCCGCUCAGAUCUCCAACUGACAGAAAGAGCCCUCAGCCCCUGAAAGAUCCAGUUUGGGGGGGAGGGGGAUUCCCCCAAAGGGGAGGAGACAACUCCUGGCUGGGAGAGGCUCCUCCCCUCCUCCCUAGGGUAGCAGGCAGGGUGUGGGGGGUGUGCCAUCUUCCCCAGGUAGGUCCUCCCUCUCCUCCUCCUCCUCCUCCGUCGGCUCCUCUUCCUCAGGGGACUCAGUUCCCUGCUCCAGCCUGGGAGGCCCCGCCAGGCACUGGAAGAGUCACGGAGGAUGCCACCUGUCACCUGCCUCUGAAGAGGGGAAUCCCUGCAACCUCAAACGUCUGUACCAGGUGGUUUCCUCCAGCGGCUGGGGGAACCUUGGAGACAGAACUCAGAAGUACGAUGGCCUCAGACCUGGAGAGUAGCCUCACCUCCAUAGACUGGCUGCCACAGCUGACUCUCAGAGCCACUAUUGAGAAGCUUGGGAGCGCUUCACAGGCUGGGCCUCCAGGGGGCGCCCGGAAGUGCUCCCCAGGCUCCCCCACAGAUCCUAACGCCACCCUCAGCAAAGAUGAGGCUGCGGUCCACCAAGAUGGCAAGCCACGGUACAGCUACGCCACCCUCAUCACCUACGCCAUCAAUUCCUCCCCAGCUAAGAAGAUGACUCUCAGUGAGAUUUACCGCUGGAUCUGCGACAACUUCCCCUAUUACAAGAAUGCUGGCAUCGGUUGGAAGAAUUCCAUUCGACACAACCUUUCCCUUAACAAGUGUUUCCGGAAGGUGCCCAGACCUCGGGAUGACCCUGGGAAGGGCUCCUAUUGGACAAUCGACACCUGCCCCGACAUUUCCCGGAAGAGAAGACAUCCUCCAGAUGAUGAUCUAUCCCAAGACUCCCCAGAGCAGGAGGCCAGCAAAAGCCCCCGGGGAGGUGUUCCAGGGAGUGGAGAAGCCUCGCUGUCUCACGAGGGAACUCCUCAGAUGUCACUACAGAGCCCCUCUUCCAUGGCCAGCUACAGUCAGGGCCCAGGGUCUGUGGAUGGUGGAGCAGUGGCAGCAGGGGCCCCAGGCCAGGAGAGCACAGAGGGUGCCCCUCCCCUCUACAACACCAACCACGACUUCAAAUUCUCCUACUCAGAGAUCAACUUUCAGGACCUCAGCUGGUCCUUCCGCAACCUCUACAAGUCCAUGCUGGAGCGGUCCUCCUCCCAGCACGGCUUUUCCUCACUCCUGGGAGACAUGCCACCUUCUAACAACUACUACAUGUACCAGCAGCAGCAGCAGCAGCAACAGCAGCAGCCGCCACCACAGCCACAGCCACCACCCCAGCAACCUCAACCACAGCAGCAGCAGGCACCCACUCAGGGCCCCUCAAGUGUAGGGGGUGCCCCUCCACUGCACACCCCAAGCCCUGAUGGCUGUACUACACCAGGGGGGAAACAAGCGGGAGCUGAAGGCUAUGGCCCCCCAGCCGGGAUGGCCAUGCAUCCUCCCGCACUGCAGCAUGGAGGCUACCACCCUCAUCAGCACCAUGCCCACUCCCACCCUGCCCAGCAGCCGCCACAGCAGCAGGCACAGAGCCAGGCACCCAUCAACAGCACUGCCUUUGCCUUUCCUCCAGACUGGUGCUCCAAUAUUGACUCCUUAAAGGAAAGCUUCAAAAUGGUGAACAGGCUCAACUGGUCCAGCAUCGAACAGUCCCAGUUCUCAGAGCUGAUGGAGAGCCUACGGCAAGCAGAGCAGAGGAACUGGACCCUGGACCAGCAUCACAUUGCUAACUUGUGCGACUCCCUCAACCACUUCCUCACCCAGACUGGUCACAUGCCCCCACAAGGGGGCUCCCACCGACCACCUGCCCCUUCCCGCAUCACUGACUCCUGUGCCCUCACCAGUGGCAAACCGGAGCCGUCCAUGAACCAAGUGAAUUCUUAUGGGCACCCACAAGCCUCCCAUCUCUACCCUGGCCCAGCACCAAUGUACCCAGUCUCCACCCAAGACUCAGCAGGAUACAAUCGCCCAGCACACCACAUGGUUUCCCGGCCACCUGUCCCACCUCCUGGUGCCAAUGAGGAGAUCACUGAUGACUUCGACUGGGACUUGAUCACUUAACGAAUCACAGUGGACAUCAGCCCAAGGCCUGGUGGUGAAUUCUGGCCACGGGGGAAGAACAGCCCCUGCCCAUCCUCCCCAAACCUGUAUAUAGAUAUAUAGCUUCUUUCCGUUCUCUCUGUCAGAGACGCCACCGCAAGAUGCUGCCGGGGAUGACCCUCUUCCCCCUGAUUCUGUUUCCCUCUUAGUUCUUUUAUUAUUAUUCUAAUUAUAUUAUUAUUAUUAUUGGUUACACA